AUGGAGCUGAAACUGACAAGACUCGUACUUCUCUGCACACUGACAGCAGUGCUGUUGCCAGUUCCUGAAACUGAUGCUUCAGAAGCGCCAAAAUGCCAUUUGUACGAACUGCCUGGAUGUCCAAGGAACUUUGAACCUGUUUGUGGAACCGAUGGAAAAUCCUAUUCCAAUGAGUGCAUGCUGUGUGCCUCAAAUAGAGAGAAUAGACAGAAGGUCCAGAUUAAAUCGCCACAUUUAUGCUAAUGCACUCCUAUUCCACCUUCCGAAGCUUCAGACUUUU